UAAUAGAAUAUACGGUUAGGUGGAGGAAGCACCUAUUACAACUUACAACUCGCAUCCAUCCAUCUCUGUCUCUUGUCUUUUUAAUCUUUUGAGAGCUGCAGAUCUCCCUUGAUUACCGAAGCUGCUUCUUAUUUCCAUUCUAUCUCCAAAGGUCUUUAUCCCAUACUUGUUGGAGGCAUUAAACUCGGAAUAAUUUAUCAUCUUGUUAUUUGGGUGCUGGAAAAGGUCUGAGCUUUAAAUCUUUACCAUUUUGCUUAAGCAUUCUAAGUGAUCAUUGAAAAACAAAGUUCAGGGAAUGCUGAAAGAUGUGCUUGAGCACCAGGACUUCCAUCCCUGAGGGCAAUGGAAUUAUAGCUCUGUUUGAUCUCCCCUUCUUCAUCCUUGAUGAGAUUGGACAUAUAAUUUAUAGCCCAUCCCGGCUUUGUACCCAAAUAAUCAAUGGGGGUCAUUGUAGAAAGCCUCUUGUGUUACAUCACGAUCUUUGCGAAGACGGUUGAUCUCUUUUACUUAUAAAAUCUCCUGCCCCAUAAAUAACAUAUAUCUUACUUGCGGGGGAACUAAUAUUAGUGCAUAUUAGAAGUUGUGAGUAAUAAUGGAAAAUAAAGGAAGUGUGUUGAUGCAAAGGUAUGAACUAGGGAGAUUGUUAGGCCAAGGCACAUUCGCUAAGGUUUAUUAUGCAAGGAACCUUAAAACUGGCCAGAGUGUGGCCAUCAAGGUAAUUGACAAAGAGAAGGUAUUGAAAGUUGGACUGAUUGAUCAGAUUAAACGAGAGAUAUCCGUAAUGAGACUAGUUAGGCACCCAAACAUUGUGCAGCUUUAUGAAGUCAUGGCUAGCAAGAGCAAAAUUUACUUUGUCAUGGAAUAUUGUAAAGGAGGUGAGCUUUUUAACAAGGUAGCCAAGGGCAAGCUGAAGGAGGAUGUUGCAAGGAAAUAUUUUCAACAGCUGAUCAGUGCAGUUGACUUUUGCCACAGUAGAGGCGUUUAUCACAGGGAUUUGAAACCUGAGAACCUUCUGUUGGAUGAUAAUGGGAAUUUGAAGGUUUCAGAUUUUGGUUUGAGUGCCCUUGCAGAAUCCAAGCGGCAAGAUGGAUUACUCCACACAACUUGUGGGACCCCUGCCUAUGUUGCUCCUGAAGUGAUCAGCAGAAAGGGAUAUGAUGGGCCCAAAGCUGACAUUUGGUCUUGUGGGGUGAUCCUGUUUGUUCUAUUGGCUGGGUAUCUUCCAUUCCAUGAUCCAAAUCUGAUGGAGAUGUAUAGGAAAAUUGGUAGAGGAGAGUUUAAAUGCCCAUCGUGGUUUCCAUCUGAUGUACGAAGGCUGCUGUCAAAGAUCUUGGAUCCAAAUCCAAAUACUAGGAUAUCCAUUACGAAGAUUAUGGAGAGUUCUUGGUUCAGGAAAGGGUUGAACUCAAAAUCAACAUCAAGCAAGGAAUCGACUCCUAUAAAUGCUGAUGCACCUUGUGAUUCUUCUGAGAAAAGUGGAACUGCCGCUGAGGCAAAGCAAGAGUUAGCAAAGCUAAACAACUUGAAUGCUUUUGAUAUCAUCUCUCUUUCAGCAGGAUUUGACUUGUCUGGUUUGUUUGAGGAAAGCGAUAAGAAGAAAGAAGCACGAUUUACAUCCAGGAAGCCUGCCUCAGUCAUCAUCUCAAAGUUGGAGGACAUUGCUAAGCAUCUUAAGCUGAAGGUGAUGAAGAAUGAUGGAGGCUUGUUGAAAUUGGAGGGAUCAAGAGAAGGGAGGAAAGGAGCGUUCUCAAUUGAUGCAGAGAUCUUCGAGAUCACUCCAACUUGUCAUUUGGUUGAAGUGAAAAAAUCAAGUGGAGACACUUUGGAGUAUCAGAAGAUAUUGAAUGAGGACAUAAGGCCAGCUCUCAAGGACAUUGUUUGGGCUUGGCAAGGUGAUUUACAGCAGCAGCAACAACAACAAGAAUAACAGCUGCAGGCCAGUUAGAAUGUGCUUGUAUGGGCCAUUCUUUUUCCUUGGAAUUAAUGUUUUCAAGAAGUAUCACUUGUUUUCUUAUAUUGUGAUUUGGUGUCUGUUUUUUCCUUACAAGUUAUGAUUAUUUGUGUUGUUUUGUUGUGGUCGUAAAUUUGCUUUCCUAUGUAAGAAAGAAUUAACUGUUACAUAAUUAAUGUCUGUUAUAUUGCUUGUUGCUCCCUA